GACAGAAACUGAUCAUUAAGGAUUAUUUAUUUUAUGAAUUCUCUUCAUCAGGACUGUGACAGAGAAGAAGCUGCACGAUGGAUUUAAACCUGCUGAUUUCCGUGUUGUCAGUGAUGUUCACCUGGACUCUGAGCACAGUUCUAUCGGCUCCUUCUGGAGAAACUCCCGCCGCCUCCACCGCCUCCCCGCGGAGACACGUCCGGACCAAACGCUGCUCCUGCGCCACCUUCCUGGACAAGGAGUGCGUCUACUUCUGCCACCUGGACAUCAUCUGGGUCAACACACCUGAGCGCGUGGUCUCUUACGGACUGGGCAACGCUCCCAGGACGAAGCGCGCGGCCGUGGACUCCAUGGUAACCAGUGCUGGAGCGCGCUGCCGGUGUCUCCGUGAGGAGGACGAGAGCUGCAGCAGCUUCUGCCGCAGGUCUGAGCUGAUCCGCCCCCCCCCGGGCGACGGUUGCUCUGAGACACAGAACAAACAGCAGCUGGCAGAAGACACGGGCGCGAUUAAGAGGAUGGAGAAGCAGGUGUCUCUUGACGUGCUCGGCGUCGCCCUGAAAACCCGCUUGCUGCUGGAGAAGUGGAGAGUGACACGGCGCCACAGGGCGAGGGCGAGGGAGGCUGAGAGCGUGGCCUCGUAGAGACGACAGAAAACCUAUAACAUCUCCAAACACAGGGAGGGAAACAGCUUCAUCACCACAGGCC